AUAUUGUAAAGAAAAAUAAACAGCAACGUAUUCUCUGAGAAUUGUACUUUCUCAUUUAUUCAUUAAUAAUCAUAAUAAAGUACUGAUGCUACCCUUUAUCAUUAUAUUUCUAAGAAAAUUCCUUUAAUAACAUUUGAUUGUUUUCUUCUUUUACAGUUGUAUAGUGGUGUCGGUGAUCAUCGUUUAAGUAAUUUAAAGGUUUAUUUUUUGCAUGUCGUAUUUUACAAAUAUUAGAGACGUAAAAAAGCAGGAAACAUAAAUUUGCUGCUUUUUCGCGUUUCUAACAUUAUUAUAACGUUUUACUUUUUUCAAUUUUUUUUAUUUCGUUAUAUUUUGAUAAAACAAGAUUUUAUCAAAAUAUAUCCUUUCUGCAUGUCUUUAUUUUUUAUUACGUUCUAUUUUCUAAAAAGAAAACGAUAUUUUUUCCCUCGCGAAUACCGUCAUUUUCUGUUCAUGAUUUCCCCCCACGUACCCAAGUGUGUGCUCCCCUUACUAACUCUAAUCAUAAGAACUGAUAUAUUCAUUGUGGGAUCAAGCUUAAAUCCUCACAAUCCGAAAAAAUAUAAACAUAACAAUGAAUGUUAUUUAACAAAAUUCUGGGUUUUAGUUGCAGGCAGAACCAGCAGGCUCAGCAUGAUUUCACUUCUGCGCCGUAACCGCAAGAAGACACCAAAAGCUCAGCAACUUGCCGACCAAGAACUGCAUAAACCGUCACAGCAUACCCGUAAUCGUCAACGACCAGCGACACGCAAUCACUUGAGCGAGCGCUUCCAAAAGAGUAAAUCCAAAGUUGAAAUAUACCAAGAUGAUUCUCUUGACAGCCUUGUAUUCGCAGCCUCACUGGGUCUCGUGUCGACUAAAGCGGACACCAAAGUAAUAAUAUUGCCAGAUGGACGCACCGUACCGUCCAGUCCACAGAAGAAACAAAAUCAGAGGUCUGCCAAUCAAUCCCAAGGUCUUGAAUUUCGUUGCCGAUUCUGCGGUAAAGGCUAUCGUUGGAAGAGUACUAUGCGUCGACACGAGACCCUUGAGUGUGGUGAUAAACCACCUUCCUUCCAAUGCCCACAAUGCCCUUAUCGCGCCAGACAGAGGGGCAACCUUACGGUUCAUAUCAAGAGACACCACACGAAAGAGUAAAGGUUUUGCGUAUCUUCUUGAUAUCGAUCUUUUCCUUUUAAUUGUACAUUUGAUUUUUUAUGUUCCACUUGCGAUCUUUUUUUAGAAGUUAAUUUUUUCUUUUGUUCCGGAAAUCGUGUAUUUGUUUGAACCGGUAUGGUUUAAUCUUAAUUAGCGUAAGGCGAAUUUUUUUUACGUGGGACAAUGCGUUCGGCCUAGAUUUUUAAGGUUAAGACUAUCUAUUUGUUUUCUAUUUUCUAGGCGUGAUAUAACCACUUUUGUUUACUUACAUUAUUUUUUUGAUUACCAACAGCGCAUGUUUUUCUGCUUUUUUUUUUGUAACGGACUCAUUUUUGUUUGUUUUAAAAUAAGUAUAGUUGAAUGAUUAUAAUGAUGAUGAUGCUUUAAUUUACUUUUUUUUUGUCGCGGGAACACUUAACUUGCCAAGAUUACACUGAUACGACGUAGAAAAAAAAAAGAUAUUUUUGAUAAACAAACUUCUGAUUACUGUUUCCAUGUUGCAAGCAAUUUAUACCUAUCUUUUUCGUAAAAAAUUGAAUAUUUGAACAUGAAAAAGGUGAUAUUGAUUAAUAUACUCUAUCUAAUAAUUCCUAUUGUAUUUCACGUAGUUGUAGUCAAUGACUAUUAUUUUUAGAAAAUAUUUUGAAGAAUUAUAAAAGAAAUAUUUUCGAGUAUCAUAUCCUCAAAGCAAGUUAGAGUUCUAAAGGUGGUUAUCGAGAUAACAUUUAUUUUUUAAUACGUCCAACAACGAAUACCUCGUUAACCUGACUAGAACAUCUCGUGCGUUUCAAUUGCGACAACUCUGAACUUGCUUUCCUUACGAGGGUAUAUAAGUAUUUGUAGUUAUUAAGAUAUUUACGAUUAUAAGUACGAUAUUUUAAAGAGUGUAUUUUCAUAAUGAUACCAUUAUUUUCCUUUAAAUUGUAUUCAAUUAUCUCUAUUGCAUUGAGAUAGCCGCGAGCCCGAGUUUCGUGAUCGAUUCUGAUGCCUUGUCUAGACAUAAGCUUUCUUUCCAUUACUCUUGAUUAAGAACCAAUUUCUCCAUAGAUUAGAUACAGUUUUUACAUUUUUUCAUACCAACCCUAUUUUCUUUAAAUUAACGAAUAACAUAACCCGAGCUUGUAAUUUAAAGCGAGUCUCUCUUAAAAUAUAUGAAGCAUAAUUCCGUGUUCACUCUAGUUGACUAUCUGAGUUCCACUUAAAUUUCUUUAACACGGAUUAUAUUUCACAGAGAAGUCUAAUCGAUAUGUGGCUAAUAUGAAAUAAACGAGAAAAUUAUGUCUGAUAUUAUAAUUUGUUUUUUAACAAAAUUAUGUGUAUUAAGGUUAUUAGAUUACGAAAGUUCAUGUGAGAUGAUUGUCCAAUUUAGACAAGGCAUAAUAAAUAAGAUAGUUUAAUUCAUAUUUUGUCAUUCGUGUUUUUUACCAUAUAAAAAUAUUUAAACAUGUGUGCCUUUCAAUCGUUCGUGGUAAAAAAGCCUAAGACUUUAAACAUUCACAGUUCUUACAUUCCCUUUUUUGCAUUUGAUAAAUAUUCUUUUUAUGAAUCCAUGUUUUAAUCUGGUAGAAAAAAAAAGUUAUAACUAUUGAGGCUAAGAAACCUAGAAUUAAGAAGCAUUUGUACAAACAUAUUUUUAUACCUAUUUAUCAAUUUUUUUACUCUUAAAAAUAAAGUUACUUGAUUUUUUUUAUCAUGUUUAGUAUUAUUUUAGUACUUGUAUU